AAUAAAACGAAAACAUGCGAAAAACAAAACGCAAUAUGUUCUAUUGGAGUAGGAAUACUAUAAGACUCGUAAUACACUUAAUUUGGAUUUAUGUUUUACGUAAACACGAAGAUCAUUUUGCUGGAAGCAUUUUUAUUCAGGCAAGGUGUACGAGUGCUUAGGGUCUUUUGACAUCAACAUGAGUCCAACAGCAUGCUAGCUAGCUUACGAGUCGUGGCGUAAAAUAAUGGACAUUAUGCUAUAAUUUGACAGUUGUGGGACCUGUGCAUGCACUUAUUUACACGUUAAGUAUAAAGUAGUGCGAGGAAGAAAACUCAUUUUGGAAAGGAAGCUGGAUAAACAUGUUAAGCUCCUGUCGCCGUGUCCUUCAUGAUCUGCUCGGCCAAAUGACUAUCAGGAGUUUCUCUGUGACUCCUGUCCAGAGCACAGUCAUAGUGGAGCGCUGGUGGCAGAUCCCUUUGUCCAAAGUCGGGAGUCCACCAAGGCUGAACCCACGGAGACACCGCAUCUACAAAUUGGUUGAGGACACCAAACAUUCACCCAAGGACAAGUUGGAACUCAUCCUAACUCAGACAGUCCCAAAACUGGGGGGACGAGGAGAUACUGUGUUUGUGAGGAAGUCCAUUGGGCGAAAUAAGCUGCUCGCCCAAGGGCUUGCAGUGUAUCCAUCGCCAGAGAACAAACAGAUGUUUGCAGAGGAGUUAAGGCUUCUGCAUGACGGUAAGCCUGAUGAAAGAGCCCAAACCCGAACUGGACAAAUGACUGUCGAGUUCCUCAAACGUUGCAAGCUGACCAUCAACAAAAUGCCCUCAGAUGACUUUCAGCUUACUAGUGAUGUCGUUAGGAGACAUUUUCUUCACAGGUUGAUCGUGGUUGUGCCUCCUCAUGCACUGAAACUUCCAUUUGAGCCAAUCACGGAGUUAGGCGACUACUGGUGUGAAGUUACGGUGAACGGAAUUGACACUGUCCGCAUCCCCUUGUCACUGGUCCCUUACGAGGACCCCUCAGCGGCACAUCAGCGGCUCUUAAAGGCGCAGAGAAAGCAGCAAGCUGUCGAGAGACAUAUUUUGGAACCAGACCCUCUGGAUUCAGAGACCGUGGCCGCUGAGACAUGUCAAGACGCGAAAGCGCCAUCUAGCGACGGCCUGAAAAAGGACACUUAAAUGACAUCCAUGGAGGAAUCAUAAAAAGACAAGUUUUGCUGACUAUCUUGUGACCGGACAAAGACAUCUACACAGGUAGAGUGGCGCACCUUGCUGAAGGAACCACGGUUAUUCUUCUCCUCCGACAUACUCUUGGUGAGCCACUGCUGGUGGCCGCUCAGCUGGUCGUCGCCUUUGAUCUCCAAGAACUUCACCUCCUCUUUGCCCCGAUUCCUUUUGCCCUGCAGCCGCAUGAACUGCAGCACGGGGAGAGGAAAUGCCCACGGUCCACCUUGAACCGACUCGCCCAAUCUGACAAACUGCAGAACUUUACUUACCGCUUCAUCGUCAAACAUUGCGGAAUGGCCCGGUUCUUCUGCCUCUGGCAACCCAGGGCUUGGAUCUUGGUAAUAGGCUUCAUUGUUGUAUCCCUGUCCAGUGAGAUGAUGUCACACUUCAUUAAUGUCACAUUUACACUACACACGACAUAAACAGAGUUUGUUUACCUCAGGGUAAGACUCUGGACCGGCCAUAGGCUGUUGAUACUGAGGAUACUGACCACCCCAAGCGCCAGCUCCCUCAUGGCCUCCCCCAAAGUCAAGAGGGGCGUCUGACUGGCUCAGCUCGCCAGCAGGCAGAGGAGGAAGUGGCUCCACUGGGGCAACAGGCUCAGGUUCGUAGCUGGGGACAACAGCAGGAGGCCGCUCUGGACUUUCGCCUAACGAGAAGUAGUUCUGUGGUGUAAUGUCUUCCUCGUGGUCAUCAGUGGCUACUAUUUGUCUGGCCAGCUGGCGGGCUGCCGAUUUUGCCGCAGCCUUGAUGGCAGAGGGUGACGCGCUGGAGCCAAGGAGGCCCUGACUAGGCAGUCCCGGCUUGGCUCCUUUAGGCUCCGAGCGCUUGGUGAGCGUGUGAGGAAUUAAAGGUCUGUCCAUCUCCUUUAGUGUCAGGUUUUUGGGUUGUGGCAGAAGGGAGGACAAACCAGAACCUGCAGCCUGGAGGAAUUGUAAAUCAUAGGGUUUUUUUUCUCUUCAAAUUAAGAACACAGUCUUAAGUGAUUUCUACCUGUGACUGGAGCUUCUUCUUUGCUGGUUCGUCGUCAUCAGAGUCUGACUAAUUACAAAAAACAAAUCAUACAUUGUUUCUUGAUAACGUUGCACUGACAGUAAGCAUGUUUGCUACUCACAUCAUGUUUCUGGAUCUGUGGCACUGGAAUCCUCACUGGCUCUGUUCGCUUCCUGGGUUUGGGCAGGCUUGAAAAUAAACUCGUUUUA